AUGUCCGCAGCCGGUAUUUGUGUUAUAAAAGAUGAAUACGUGAUAAAAAGAUCAGAAAAUAUCAACGAAAAUUGGGGGAAUAAGAGAAAAUUAGAUGUUGUAGAAGGGGAUACUCCGAACAGUGAUCAUGAUAAUAAAAAGACCAAAAAUGACGAAGAAAAACCAUUCCCAAACAAGAACAGAAUGAGAGGGCAGAAUAAAGCACGACCCAAAACUUUUAGAGAAGAUAAAGAUAGCAAACCAUGUCCUUCAAUCGUAAAUGUAAAAUCGCCUGAUGAAUCGCAACCAUGUCAGUUUAACAACUGUAAGUUCAUACAUAAUCCCUUAGAUUACAUGAAAAUAAAACCAAAGGAUAUUAGUGAUCAGUGCCAUGUUUUUAAUACUAGAGGAAGAUGUCCAAGAGGAAUUGCUUGUCGCUUUGGUUCUAGUCAUAUUACACCUGAGGGUUACAAUAUAGUUGAAGAAGGAAAAUUCACUGCAUGGAAAGAAGACACGAAAAAUACACUUCCGCAAGGCCUCCAAAUUCAACUUCAAAAGAAAAAGUAUGAUAUGAGCUUUGCUGAAAAUUUUGUAAAAGCUAUGAACACUAAAAGGCCUACUGCUGAAAAUGAUGCUGUACCUUGUAGUGAGAACAGCAAUGAGAAACAUUCUUAUAGUGGUGUCAUCACUGAUGAAGACAUAAUAAAACUCCUUCCAAAAGAGAAAAAAGUUAUAAACUGGAAUGACAAAUUGUAUCUGAGCCCUCUAACAACUGUUGGAAAUUUACCAUUUAGGAGAAUCUGUAAACAAUAUGGAGCCGACAUCACCUGUGGUGAAAUGGCAUUAUGUGAAUCAUUAUUAAAAGGAACUAAACAAGAAUGGGCUUUAGUGAAAAGACAUGAAUCAGAGGAUAUAUUUGGUGCACAAAUAUGUGGAAAUAAUGUAUUUCUAAUAACAAAAGUAGCACAAUUAUUACAAGAGAAUACAGAACUGGACUUUAUAGAUUUAAAUGUAGGGUGCCCUAUAGAUUUAAUAUAUAAAAAAGGUGGUGGUAGUGGAUUGAUGCACAGAUUGCCUACCUUAGAAGGGUCAAUUAAAUGUGCCUCGACAAUUCUUAGUAUACCAUUCACUGUUAAAAUGAGAACUGGGGUGUAUCAAAGCAAAAAAAUUGCUCACACUAUUGUCCCAAGAGUUGCUGAAGCUGGAGCUUCUCUAAUUACAUUACAUGGUAGGUCUCGAGAAGCUAGAUAUACUAAAUCUGCUGAUUGGGACUAUAUUGAACUGUGUGCACAAGCUGCAAAGCCAUGUCCAGUAUUUGGUAAUGGGGAUAUUUUUAGUUAUGAAGAUUAUAUUCAAAGGAAAAACUUAGCUCCUACAGCUCAGGGAGUAAUGAUUGGCCGUGGUGCCCUUAUAAAGCCUUGGAUAUUUACUGAAAUUAAAGAGGAAAAAAUUUGGGAUAUCAGCAGUAACGAGAGAUUUGAAAUUUUAAGAAAAUAUACUAAUUAUGGUUUAGAACAUUGGGGUUCCGAUACCCAAGGUGUUGAAAAUACACGCAGAUUUUUACUUGAAUGGCUCUCAUUUUUGUACAGAUAUGUACCUGUAGGUUUACUUGAAAGGCCUCCCCAAAAGAUUAAUGAGAGACCACCUGCUUUCUUUGGCAGAGAUGACAUGGAAACAUUAAUGGCAUCUGGAAAUUGUGCUGAUUGGAUCAAAAUAAGUGAAAUGCUUUUAGGACCUACACCUGAAGGAUUUGUUUUUCUACCUAAGCAUAAGGCAAAUUCGUAUCAAUAA